AAGGUGUGCUCUUCCGAGGCGCAUGAUGGCUAGGGUGGUCUGCCGCUACCAGGCAGUGGUUGUAAAGUAACCCCGAAGUAACCCUCAUCUCCCUAGGUGUUCCUGGGGAAGGCCCAGGUGGUGGACAUUGACUCCCUGGGGGAGCAACACACUCGACCCAUUUUUUAGUGGAAGGGAAAUGGAGCCCCACUGGGGAUCCUGGUGCCCUGGACUCCCAGUUUAGUACCCAGGGAGGGCCCUAGAAACUAGAGGCCAGAGGCUUCUGGCCUCGUGUUCCUUCUCUGCUGUCCGUAGGUGUGAUCCCGGGCAGGCCACUUAAGUCUCCCUGUGCCUCCGCCUGUGCAAUGGCCGCGCUAGUACCCUCCUCGGGGGAGUGUUGUGAGGCUUGAGUGAGACACAGCAUCUGCUCAGCGUGGGUCACCUCUGUGAACAUCACUGACUGCAAGCCUCCCUCAAUUUCUGGUGCAGCCCAUCAGGGACCCACAGCGCCUGGGAGGAUGGUGCGGAUCUUGGCCAAUGGGGAAAUCGUGCAGGAUGACGACCCCCGAGUGAGGACCACUACCCAGCCACCAAGAGGUAGCAUUCCUCGACAGAGCUUCUUCAACAGGGGCCAUGGUGCUCCCCCAGGGGGUCCUGGCCUCCGCCAGCAGCAGGCAGGUGCCAGGCUGGGUGCUGCUCAGUCCCCCUUCAAUGACCUCAACCGGCAGCUGGUGAACAUGGGCUUUCCGCAGUGGCAUCUUGGCAACCAUGCUGUGGAGCCGGUGACCUCCAUCCUGCUCCUCUUCCUGCUCAUGAUGCUUGGUGUUCGUGGCCUCCUCCUGGUUGGCCUUGUCUACCUGGUGUCCCACCUGAGUCAGCGGUGACCUCUGAGGGCUGAUAGGGGUGGGCCUGUUGAGAGGGACUUGCUGGGCCUUGGUGUGAGAGCAGGCAUAUUUGGAGGGGACCUGGUGGUGCCUUGAAGGUAUGAUCAGAGAGGGGACCACAGGUGUGUGUUUCCCCUUUGUGUUAAGCAUGAGGCAGAGGGAGACGUUAGUCCAGCAUUUCCAAAGUGUGGGUGGAUCCGUUGGUUCCCGAGAUAGUUUUAGGUGGUAUGGGGCCUGCAUUAAGUGGCACAAAAUCAGAGCAAGAAAGCGAUGCCCUUCCCAAUUCUCUCAAUCCUUUUAUGCCGAGAAGAUCUCAGCUGGAUGCCAACAUGUUCCGAUGCCUGUGGAAGACAUGCCGACGUCUCCUCUGCCUGGGGAGCAGGACUUGGGCUUAGGGCAGGUGGGAAAAAUUCCAGACUUUUAUAGCACUGUUUUUGUUUUAAUGGUAUAUUUUUAUUGGCUACUUAUUGUUUAGGACAAGUGAUAGUGGCAUUCUAUUUAUUGUGACAUUUUCAAUAAAUAGAUUUAAGUAAAAAUGA